CAGAGGCGUUUUUGUCGCAAUGCAAAAAAAACUGCAGUGGUAGUGGUGGACGUGGUGGACAUAAAACGUGGAAAAUCUUAUAAAACGCCGGAAAACACCUACAUUUUCCCACAAACGCCAGUUUCCCAGUGAUCAGGUUAAGAUGCCAGAGAAGGAAAUGGAGAAAUUAUCAAUUGGUGAGAUUUACACGUCUGAGAAGCGUGGCAGCGAUGAGACAGGCGAUGGGAGUGAGGGCAGCCCGUUCAAGACCAUCCUGAGGGCGAUGAGGCACGCCGGACGGGAGCCUUUCCCUACAAUUUACGUGGAUGCCAAGGAUGAGACGUCGGGAAGCUUCGAGCCAGCGGCCAAGUCUCAGCUGAAGAAGAUCCAGAAGAUUUGGGUGCGCGAGAGCCAUAAGAGCGCAGAGAAGAACAAACGCGAGGAGGAAGACGCGAAGAAGCGGGAGCAGAACCUCGAGGAGGCUCGAAAGCUGAAGAUUGAGCAGGAUGCGUCGCUUCCUGAGGCGCAGAGAGUGAAAAUUGUUGACGGACAAAAUUUCCGGGAGCAGCGAGUGCGCAUCUACGGAUGGGUUCAUCGACUCAGACGCCAGGGAAAAGGUCUCAUGUUCAUCACUCUGCGAGAUGGCACGGGAUUCCUGCAGUGUGUGCUCACAGAUCUUCUCUGUCAGACCUAUGAGGCUCUUGUUCUCUCCACUGAGUCUUCAGUGCAGCUUUUCGGCACCCUGAAGGCCGUGCCGGAGGGUAAAACUGCCCCUGGAGGCCAUGAGUUGCAUGUGGACUACUGGGAAUUGGUGGGAUUGGCUCCAGCUGGCGGGGCGGACACGAUUCUCAAUGAGGAAGCGCAUCCAGAUGUGCAGCUGGAUAACAGGCACAUCAUGAUUCGGGGCGAGAACACAUCGAAGAUCCUGAAGAUGCGCUCAGUGAUACUCCAGGCUUUCCGCAGUCACUAUGCUGAUCGUGGAUACACGGAAGUGAACCCGCCAACGCUUGUGCAGACGCAAGUUGAGGGCGGAGCGACGCUCUUCAAGCUGGACUUCUUCGGUGAGCAGGCUUAUCUCACGCAGAGCUCUCAGCUGUACUUAGAGACGUGCAUGCCCUCGCUUGGGGACGUGUACUGCAUCGCGCAGAGUUAUCGGGCGGAGCAGAGCAGAACGCGCCGCCACUUGGCUGAGUACAGUCACAUUGAGGGCGAGUGUCCUUUCAUCACGUUCGACGAUCUGCUGGACAGACUGGAGGAUCUCGUCUGUGACGUGGUGGAGCGCGUGCUGAAGAGCCCCUACGGGCAUCUGGUGGAGGAGCUCAACCCGGGCUUUGUGCCGCCCAAGAGGCCUUUCCGUAGGAUGAACUACAGCGACGCCAUCAAGUGGCUGCGCGAGAACAACGUGACGAAGGACGACGGGACGUUCUAUGAGCACGGCGAGGACAUCCCAGAAGCGCCUGAGCGCAAGAUGACCGACGCCAUCAACGAGCCCAUCAUGCUGUGUCGCUUCCCGGCUCAGAUCAAGUCAUUCUACAUGUCGCGCUGUCCGGAAGACGCAUCGCUGACUGAGAGUGUGGACGUUCUGCUGCCGAAUGUGGGAGAAAUUGUUGGCGGAUCCAUGAGGAUUUCCAACUACGACGAACUUCUCGAGGGCUACAAACGCGAGGGGAUCGAUCCGACGCCCUACUAUUGGUACACGGAUCAGCGCGUGUACGGCACUCAGCCGCAUGGCGGAUACGGAUUGGGGCUGGAGAGGUUCAUGUGCUGGAUCCUCAACCGCUAUCACAUCCGCGAGGUGUGUCUCUAUCCGAGAUUCCUGGAGCGCUGCCGACCGUAGAUCAACUUUCAGCGGUACUUGAAUCGCAUUUGCACACAUUUGUCCUACAAUAUUCAAAAUACUAUGCAUUCUCAAUUAUUUAUACAAGAUCCGUGACUUAACUCUUGAUAAAUUCUCUUCAAUAGCUUCAAUAAAUCUGGGAAUGAAAGAAACUCAAAGAAUA